AUGCAGCUCGCCGCACAAGGGACUGUAAACAAAGUUCUCGGUGAGAGCGAAACAAUUAAGGGACCGGAGCAAAUUCAGCGGCGGGAGCUGCGGCGGGCGGGGCGGCAGCGGGACGGUGCCGGGGGCGGGGGGGCCGUGAGGGUGUCCGGGCUGGGCCGGGCAGGGGCCGGGCCUCUCCCUCCGCCCCGCGCCGCUCGCUGCCCGCCUCAGGGAUGCGCACGGCGGGGACAGCGCCGGGGGAGGCUCCGCACCGCGCCCUGCCCGCCGCAGUCACACAUACGGGCCGGGGGCGCGUCCUGCAGCCCCUCCGCCCUCCCGCAGCCCGCUCUGCCCUCCCACAGCCCCCUAUGCCAUCCUCCAGCCCCCUGUGUCCUCCCGCAGCCCCCUCUGCCCUCCCGCAGCCCCCUCCGCCCUCCCACACCCCCCUAUGCCAUCCUCCAGCCCCUCUGCCCUCCCGCAGCCCCCUAUGCCAUCCUCCAGCCCCUCUGCCCUCCCGCAGCCCCCUCCGCCCUCCCGCAGACCCCUCUGCCCUCCCGCAGCCCCCUCCGCCCUCCCACAGCCCCCUAUGCCAUCCUCCAGCCCCUCUGCCCUCCCGCAGCCCCCUCCGCCCUCCCGCAGACCCCUCUGCCCUCCCGCAGCCCCCUCCGCCCUCCCACAGCCCCCUAUGCCAUCCUCCAGCCCCUCUGCCCUCCCGCAGCCCCCUCUGCCCUCCCGCAGCCCCCUCUGCCACCCUCCAGCCCCCUCUGCCAUCCUCCAGUCCCCUGUGUCCUCCCGCAGCCCCUUCUUCCCUCCCGCAGCCCGCUCUGCCCUCCCGCAGCCCCCUAUGCCAUCCUCCAGCCCCUCUGCCCUCCCGCAGCCCGCUCUGCCCUCCCGCAGCCCCCCGUGCCAUCCCGCAGCCCGUUGUUCUCUCCAGCCCCCCGUGCCCUCCCGCACUCCCAGCCCCGUGCCGGGUGUCAGGCACAUCCCGGCUGCAGCAGCGCGGGUCAGGCUCCGUACCUGUCCUGUCCUGUCCUGCGCUCGCUGGUGCCCGUGCUGGGUCACUUGGAAGCACAGUCCCUGCCAAAAUCCAGAUGA